GGGGAUGCGCGGGGCGCUGCGGCUGCUGCGGUUCCGGGGGGCCGCGGGGCCCCGGCUCGGGCUGGAGGAGGCGCCCGGGGGAGACCUGGUGGAUCUGAGCGCGGCGGAGCCGGAGCUGCCCCGGUCCAUGCGGGAAUUCCUGGAGAUCGGCCCCCGCGGGCUGGAGCUCGCCCAGAGAGCACUGGAGUCGGGACAGCACCGGGUGCCCCGGGCCACUGUGCAGCUGCUGGCACCCAUAGCAGACCCCGAGAAGGUGAUCUGUGUGGGGCUCAACUACCACGACCACUGUCAGGAGCAGGGCGUGAAGGUCCCCAAGGAGCCCCUCAUCUUCAGCAAGUUCCCCAGCGCCAUCACCGGGCCCUUCGAUGACAUCGUGCACCCCGAGGACACCAGCGAGCUGGACUGGGAGGUGGAGCUGGCUGCCGUCAUUGGGAAGAGGGGGCGACACAUCGAGGAGGCAGCGGCGCUGGAGCACGUGCUGGGUUUCACUGUGGCCAACGAUGUGAGCGCCCGGGACUGGCAGAUGCGGCGCAACGGGCGGCAGUGGCUGCUGGGGAAAACCUUCGACACCUUCUGUCCCCUGGGGCCGGCCAUUGUCACCAGGGAGGCGGUGGCAGAUGUCCAUAACCUGUCGAUCCGCUGCAGCGUCAACGGGCAGCGGAUGCAGGACAGCAACACCCGCCACCUCAUCUUUGGGGUGCCCACCCUCGUUGCCUGGGUGUCCCGGUUCGUGACACUGGUCCCUGGGGACAUCCUGCUGACAGGGACCCCUGCGGGAGUGGGGGUCUUUCAGAAACCACCGGUUUUCCUGAAGCGCGGUGAUGAGGUGCAGUGUGAGAUUGAGGAGCUGGGCACCAUCUGCAACCGGGUGGUCUGAUGGGGGAGAGACGCCCCAGACCCCAUCUGCCCCACAGGUCAAUAAAUCCACGA